AUGUUCUCGCGACAGGCAUUGCUGCGCUCCGCGCGGACGGCAGCUCCCCAGCGUGCUCUCCUCGGCCAGACCCGCACCUUCGCCGCGCCGGCCUCGAGCGAGAAGGUGAAGCCUCCGGUCGCCCUCUUCGGCCUCGACGGCACCUAUGCCACUGCUCUGACUUCCUCCCUCGAGCCCACCGCCAAGGGCGUCGCCGCCCUCGGCAACCUGAUCCAGAAGGACUCCAAGCUCGUCACCAUCCUGGAGGCCCCGACCCUGUCCGCCGCCGACAAGAGCGCCAUCGUUGCUGAGCUGCAGAAGAGCGCUGGCGUUUCCGGCGAGACCAUCAAGAACUUCCUCGAGACCCUCGCCGAGAACAACCGCCUCGGUCUCCUCCCCGGUGUCUGCAACAAGUUCAACGAGCUCAUGAGCGCCGCCCGCGGCGAGGUCGAGAUGAUCGUUACCAGCGCCCAGCCCCUGGACAACAAGACUCUCACCCGCCUUGAGAACGCCGUUUCCAAGUCGAGCUACGUUGGCGCUGGCAAGAAGCUCAAGGUCAAGAACAACGUCAACCCUGAUAUCGUCGGUGGUCUCAUCGUCGAGGUCGGCGACAGGACGAUCGACCUUAGCGUCUCCUCCAAGCUUGCCAAGAUGAACAAGCUCCUCACCGAAGCCCUGUAA